AUGGGUUCAGCAAGGAUUAAGUCCUCCUACCUAAACGUCAAGAACCCAGGCUCCUUGAGCGGACUAGGAGGUUUCAUAAAGUCUGGAAAACGAAAAGAAUCUCGUCGAGAAAUCGUUUUGAAAACUAUUCCUGCUUAUACGUUACACCGGUCUCGUAGAAAGAUUUUUCCGAGACGUGUGGUAUACGUAAAGCACAUAAACGAUCAGUGGGGAAUGGACCUGAUGGAUGUUUCUAAAUAUUCAAAGACCAAUUACAACACGCAUUUUUUGCUUACGGCAAUAGAUAUUUUUUCCAAGCGAGGAUAUAUUGAACCGCUCAAAAAUAAGAGUGGUCUAGUUGUAAUGAAAGGUAUUGAAAAGAUUUUUAAAAGAAGCAAAGGACUGCCUCUUCGCAUACAAGUUGAUCUUGGGCGUGAGUUUUAUAACGUUCAUUGUGAAGAAUUCCUUGAAGAUCUUGGGAUAAAAUUGUUUUCAGUUCAGUCAGAACUCAAAUCUUGCGUGGUUGAGAGGUUCCAUCGCACAAUUUUGGAAAAAAUUCAUAGAUUUAUGACAAACUAUGAAACAACUAAAUUUGUUGAUCGACUAUCAGAUCUUGAAAACAACUACAACUCUUCAUAUCACAGAAGUAUAAAGUGUGCACCAAAGGAAGUUAACAAGAAGAACGAGCAAAUUGUGUUUGCGCGCUUAUACAACAAAUUAAUUGGAGCAACGGAAACUCGUCAAGAAAAAUUCAAAGUGAAUGACGUUGUCUUACUCUCAAAAGUGAAGAAAAUAUUCGAAAAAGGUGCUUCAGCUAAUUUCAAUAAAGAAAAGUUUAUAGUUAACGAAAUAAAAACGACAUUCCCCCGUACAUAUAUUCUUCGUGAUCUUAAAGGAGACAUUUUGGAAGGAGGAUUCUACCGAGAAGAAAUGCAAAAAAUAUGA